AUGCUGGAGUACACAAAGGAGACGGGAGUCUGGCAGAGAGGUCUGGAGUAUGUAGAGGGGACAGAGGAGUCUGGCGGAGGGCAGAGAGGUCUGGAGUAUGUAGCGGGGACAGAGGAGUCUGGCGGAGGGCAGAGAGGUCUGGAGUAUGUAGAGGGGACAAAGGAGUCUGGCGGGGGGCAGAGAGGUCUGGAGUAUGUAGCGGGGACAGAGGAGUCUGGCGGGGGGCAGAGAGGUCUGGAGUAUGUAGAGGGGACAAAGGAGUCUGGCGGGGGGCAGAGAGGUCUGGAGUAUGUAGCGGGGACAGAGGAGUCUGGCGGGGGGCAGAGAGGUCUGGAGUAUGUAGAGGGGACAGAGGAGUCUGGCGGAGGGCAGAGAGGUCUGGAGUAUGUAGCGGGGACAGAGGAGUCUGGCGGAGGGCAGAGAGGUCUGGAGUAUGUAGAGGGGACAAAGGAGUCUGGCGGGGGGCAGAGAGGUCUGGAGUAUGUAGCGGGGACAGAGGAGUCUGGCGGGGGGCAGAGAGGUCUGGAGUAUGUAGAGGGGACAGAGGAGUCUGGCGGAGGGCAGAGAGGUCUGGAGUAUGUAGCGGGGACAGAGGAGUCUGGCGGAGGGCAGAGAGGUCUGGAGUAUGUAGAGGGGACAAAGGAGUCUGGCGGGGGGCAGAGAGGUCUGGAGUAUGUAGCGGGGACAGAGGAGUCUGGCGGGGGGCAGAGAGGUCUGGAGUAUGUAGAGGGGACAAAGGAGUCUGGCGGGGGGCAGAGAGGUCUGGAGUAUGUAGCGGGGACAGAGGAGUCUGGCGGGGGGCAGAGAGGUCUGGAGUAUGUAGAGGGGACAGAGGAGUCUGGCGGAGGGCAGAGAGGUCUGGAGUAUGUAGAGGGGACAGAGGAGUCUGGCGGAGGGGAGGGGAGAGAGAGAGGUCUGGAGUAUGUAGAGGGGACAGAGGAGUCUGGCGGAAGGCAGAGAGGUCUGGAGUAUGUAGAGGGGACAAAGGAGUCUGGCGGGGGGCAGAGAGGUCUGGAGUAUGUAGCGGGGACAGAGGAGUCUGGCGGGGGGCAGAGAGGUCUGGAGUAUGUAGAGGGGACAGAGGAGUCUGGCGGGGGGCAGAGAGGUCUGGAGUAUGUAGAGGGGACAGAGGAGUCUGGCGGAGGGCAGAGAGGUCUGGAGUAUGUAGAGGGGACAGAGGAGUCUGGCGGAGGGGAGAGAGGUCCGGAGUAUGUAGAGGGGACAAAGGAGUCUGGCGGGGGGCAGAGAGGUCUGGAGUAUGUAGAGGGGACAGAGGAGUCUGGCGGAGGGCAGAGAGGUCUGGAGUAUGUAGCGGGGACAGAGGAGUCUGGCGGGGGGCAGAGAGGUCUGGAGUAUGUAGAGGGGACAGAGGAGUCUGGCGGAGGGCAGAGAGGUCUGGAGUAUGUAGCGGGGACAGAGGAGUCUGGCGGAGGGCAGAGAGGUCUGGAGUAUGUAGAGGGGACAAAGGAGUCUGGCGGGGGGCAGAGAGGUCUGGAGUAUGUAGCGGGGACAGAGGAGUCUGGCGGGGGGCAGAGAGGUCUGGAGUAUGUAGAGGGGACAGAGGAGUCUGGCGGAGGGCAGAGAGGUCUGGAGUAUGUAGCGGGGACAGAGGAGUCUGGCGGAGGGCAGAGAGGUCUGGAGUAUGUAGAGGGGACAAAGGAGUCUGGCGGGGGGCAGAGAGGUCUGGAGUAUGUAGCGGGGACAGAGGAGUCUGGCGGGGGGCAGAGAGGUCUGGAGUAUGUAGAGGGGACAAAGGAGUCUGGCGGGGGGCAGAGAGGUCUGGAGUAUGUAGCGGGGACAGAGGAGUCUGGCGGGGGGCAGAGAGGUCUGGAGUAUGUAGAGGGGACAGAGGAGUCUGGCGGAAGGCAGAGAGGUCUGGAGCAGAGAGGUCCGGAGUAUGUAGAGGAGUCUGGCGGGGGGCAGAGAGGUCUGGAGUAUGUAGAGGGGACAGAGGAGUCUGGCGGAGGGCAGAGAGGUCUGGAGUAUGUAGAGGGGACAAAGGAGUCUGGCGGGGGGCAGAGAGGUCUGGAGUAUGUAGCGGGGACAGAGGAGUCUGGCGGGGGGCAGAGAGGUCUGGAGUAUGUAGAGGGGACAGAGGAGUCUGGCGGGGGGCAGAGAGGUCUGGAGUAUGUAGAGGGGACAGAGGAGUCUGGCGGAGGGCAGAGAGGUCUGGAGUAUGUAGAGGGGACAGAGGAGUCUGGCGGAGGGGAGAGAGGUCCGGAGUAUGUAGAGGGGACAAAGGAGUCUGGCGGGGGGCAGAGAGGUCUGGAGUAUGUAGAGGGGACAGAGGAGUCUGGCGGAGGGCAGAGAGGUCUGGAGUAUGUAGAGGGGACAGAGGAGUCUGGCGGAGGGGAGAGAGGUCUGGAGUAUGUAGAGGGGACAGAGGAGUCUGGCAGGGGGCAGAGAGGUCUGGAGUAUGUAGAGGGGACAGAGGAGUCUGGCGGGGGGCAGAGAGGUCUGGAGUAUGUAGAGGGGACAGAGGAGUCUGGCGGAGGGCAGAGAGGUCUGGAGUAUGUAGAGGAGUCUGGCGGAAGGCAGAGAGGUCAGGAGUACGUAGAGGGGACAGAGGAGUCUGGCGGGGGCAGAGAGGUCUGGAGUAUGUAG